UCAAGUUUUUGUCAUUAAUGAGAACAAGGAAAAUAUUUCUAUUUUCAGCACAAACAGAGGGAUUAUGGCAGUCAUUGUAGUUUUAGUUGUUUUGAUGUUUAUCAGUAAUCUGCAGUCAGUUGUAAGCAAGAUAAAUGAACCGGACUAUGACAGUGGCUGGGUGCCUAUUUCAUCUGGUACCAAAUGGGCCGAUAGACUGACACAUGUUAAGAGCUUCAAUCACGGCUUUGAAGAGCUCCCCAUACUUGUCGACGUUCAAGUUAAAGCGAUAGAUGGUCCGAACAAAGACUUUGUGUUACCAGCAUCAGGACACAGUUUACGAGAUGACGAUCGUAUUUAUUCGUUUGGACAAGUUGUCUAUAUUUACAAUAGCACAACCAUUUUAGUGUCUCCUCCAAUAAGGAACAAUGGUAAACUUGGCUACUGCAUAUACACAGGGACCUCUCCAUAUUGGGAAGGUCCAGCUGAACAAACAAGUUUAUCAGCACUUGUACGAGCAAGGGCGUGGAGGUCAUCUUCUCUACCCCGACCAGACUUCAUCCAUAAAGGAAGUAAAUUGACGGCAUCAACGGGAAAGCGUGAAGAUUCUUAUCUGUCUGUUCAGCACGGUCUUUCUGAAUAUCCUGCAUUGGUGGUUUCUAGAAUAAAGUUUCCAGAAGGAAAUUUAUAUCCGAAUUUCUAUGCCGACUCUGUAGGAGCAGGGUCCAUGAUCUACACAAAGUAUGCGGACGAGGAGAGAAAUGGCUAUGUUAUUUAUGGUUUCAAUAACUCAUCCAUACGCGUGUGGGCUCCAUCACGUUCUUGGGGUUUUUUGUUCUUUGGCGGUGAAGGAGGAGCAGGUUUCAACUAUAGAGUAACAUCUGCUUAUCUGGAGUUGUAUGCAUGGCGUGAGAGAACCGUAAUACCGACAGAAACUUUGAAGAAAACUCUUAGUCCAGAGCGCAUUUCUUCAUCUGAUUUGACCAUUGAUUUUCGGCAGACGUAUCAAACCGACAAUAUCCUCAUCAAAACUUGGGUUGAAGCCGUUGAUGGUGUGAAUGCCGGGUAUCGUUUCAUUGGUGGAGGAGCGCUAGCGUACGAUGAAUAUGUUGUGUCAGAACCAUGUAGCUAUGGAGGUCUUGUUUAUGGCUAUUCCAACCAUUCUGUGAGACUCUGGAAACCAGGCAAAGCCACCAACGGGGCUUUGAUUUGUUUACAAGAAAAACUUGCAGAAGGCACGAAUUCACAAGCAUCUUCUCGCGGAGUAGCUACUGUCAUGACUUGGCAAAUAGGUAAGGUCACUUUUCAACCCUCACAAUGCAAAAUAACUUCAAUGGAUAUGCCAAUGAUUCAAUUAGGAAUAAAGAUCAACAUUUUUAUGAAUGAUUUCAAAAUGAAUACUGAUCGAGCCUGGUCUUGGUUAACAGUGGUUCAGUCACACCCAGCAGGCCUUAUGAUCUAUUGUAGAAAUAUAGGUCAUACUGAUAGUUAA